GGUCUGGACGCCGAAGGUGACGGUGUGGCAACAGGCUGCUGCUGCUGUUGCCGCCACUGCUGCUGAGAGCGAGGCCAUGUGACUACUGGGAGUCGUCUUCUUCUACUGCUGCCGCUCACACGUCGCGUCUAGCCACGUCGCACGACACGCGUACUGGGGACUUAUCUCAAGCGAACAGUGGAUACAGUAUAGGAAGCGUGGAUUGUCGUACUAGAACAAGGAAAACUUUCUAAAAACUGUCUGGCAGAUCUUGAGAGUCUGCCACAGAAAUACUUCGUAUUUAGCGUGGCGCGAGAUGUUCAACUCAGCGCUGAUAAGACUGAUACGAGUAUGUGGCCUCACUCCGGGAGUUACUCUGCACAAUGAAUACUGAAGAGUGAUUUUAACACAUGAUGUCUACCAGAGUGUUCCGACGGCGAGGCAGCAGCGGCUACACCAACAGGUUACUGUAACGCUGAGAUCGCCGUCAGGAGGUGAGGGAGACGAGGAGGUGCAGUAUACAGACAGAGGUGUGGACAGUGCUUCAGGACGGAGAAAGAAGGACGUGAACGAGGCGCAGGGGCAUGGACUGUGCCUCAGUAGUGGGUCAGCAAAAGGCGUGAGAACGUAUAGGCCUUGUGAACGGUGCCUUAGGAUAGAGCCAACAGCAGCUGGGGGAGGCGUGCAGACGAAGGCGUGGACGGUGUAUCAAGACUACUGGCUACUGUGGCUCCUGGAAGAUGAGGCUGGGCCAGGCGGCGGCGACUGCUCUCCUGCGCCUCCUGCUGCUCCUUGGACUCAGCACCAAGGGAUGGAGUCUGCGGGUGUCUGGGGUAGUGGUGCCGUCUGCAGUAGUGUCGGGAUCAUCGGUAAAACUUAUGUGCAAUUACGAACGCAAUCGCGACCGAGAAGACCCCCUGUACUCGGUCAAGUGGUACCGGGGCGUCCACCAGUUCUACGAGUACAUCCCCGGCAGGAAGCCCUCAGUCCGGGUGUUUAAGCUGCCUCACAUUACCGUCGAUCAGGAAGGCAGCUCGGGGCCGACUGUAUGGCUGUCGCAGGUAACGCGAGGCACCUCUGGUAUCUUCCGUUGCGAGGUGAUGGGCGAUAAACCUUUCUUCGAGACGGACGAUCAUGCUGUCAACAUGACGGUGGUAGACGUACCAACGUGGGGACCAGAGAUAACAGGCGUAGUGAAGGGCACCGAUCUGAUGCAUAGCGGGGGCGUGGAUCGUGGCCAGGGUAGGGUACACGGCCAAGGUGUGAUACAGGGAUCAGGUGUGCUGGAGGGGGCGCGGGUGAGGCCUGGGGACGUGGUGGCCGCCCGCUGUCAGGUAGGUUUCUCAGACCCUCCUGCCGACAUCACCUGGACCAUCAGUGCCGCUACCCCGAUCCCCCACACACAAAUCCAGCGAUCCCGACAAACAGACCAACAUGGACGACGCUCCCAGGUCUCGGAGGUAGAGGCCGUGGUGCGAGAGUCUUGGUUCAGUGGUGGCGCCGUGACACUCAGCUGCCACGUCGAGGUCUCCAGUGUUUAUCAUCAGGCAACCAACGUCACGCUUAUCCACGCUGAUCAUCCGCAGCCCGCAGGUUUUGGCUGGUUCUCCUCAGGUUCCUCACCCUGGGUCUCGCUCUCGCUGCUGACAAUCGCCAUGCUCCUGUCUUUGUUGCUGGUGUGACGCCGCCGUGGUAGUGUUGUUGUGUCGCCUCUGUGGUGACGAUGGUGUGGCGCCGCUGUGGUGAUAAUGUGACGCUGCUGUGGUGACGAGGGUGUGAUGCCGCUGUGGUGGUAAUGUGACGCCGCUGUGGUGAUGUUGACGUAUCGCAGCUGGAGGGAAGGGGAAGUGACGUCACUCUUAUAGUAUGGUGCCGUACUUAUGAUGUAACGUGACGCGGUGAACUUGCUAUGUGACGCUGUAACCAUGGUGAUGUGACGCCACUGUGAUGACGGUAAUAUGACGUCGCUUCUAUGGUGUGACGCUGUGGCGAGGGUAUUGUGGUGCUGCUGUGAAUACGUGACGCAUUUAUCGACCAGAUGAUACAUGACGAAAGAUUAAUGGCGUGAUGCUGUGAUGGUAACGAUAAUGUGACGCCGUAACAGUGACGAUAUGAGACAAAGCUGCGUUGCUAUAGAAACAAGGACUGUGAUGUAACUGUGGUGAUGGCAUGAAACUGUGGCAAUAGGGUAACGCCACCGAGAAACCUGUCAUCAUUGUUACAUCACUGUGACAAUGCUGGCGUAAUGAUACUCUGUAGACCGUAACAUUACAUCAUGGUUUUUGUUGUUGUUGUUGUGUUGGUGAUUAUAACGUGAAGCUAUGGACGCUACUGUGACGGUGGUGUUACAGUAUGAUAGCGUAACAGUGUGUAGUGACGGCGUUGUGACGGAGUAAGUGAACUGGUAGUCGAAUCGUCACUUAGGAUUUCUUUUGUUCUCCCGCUCUCGAGACUGGGGACAAGAGAACGCAUCUAGUCACGUCAGAAUCUCGAAUUUCCGAUCAUUGAAUUUGUUCCCCAGUUUCAGAUGGACCUGGUAGAUGCGUUCUUAUUUCCAAUUUAAAAGUUAGGAAAAAAAACAAAGAGGAAAAUUAUCCUAAGACUGAUAUUAACAGACUAAGAACUAUUAUCAGGCAACUAGAUCUUAAACAAACAAACAGACAAACGGACAAACUUAAUGUAUUUCAACUUCUUUACAUUGAAAUAAGAAAACCAAAGAAUUACCUGUAAUCGAAGUUACCUUUUACUAAUAUCUAAAACACACACACACACACACACACACACACACACACACACACACACCUGUUGAUACCUGUACGUCAUCACUCUACUUUAGACAGGUGUUGAGGCUCUUAGGUAUGAGGUGUAUAUGUGUCUAGUAUCUGAUAAUUACUUACAGGUGUGCAGCGUAAAGAUAAACAAGCGGCCCGAUUCACCCAUAUUUGCUUUCUGUACAGUGUGAAGCUUCCCCAAGACGCUAGCCACUUCUCUCUCUUGUUAUAGCGUAUAGAAACGUCUCUUAUUUUAUUUGUUUCUUUGUAUUUUCUCUUUUUACUUAUCCUCCCUCGUCUCUUGUUUCUUCCUUCUGAUAAAUCAUUUUCUGCUUCUGUAUCUCUCUCUCUCUCUCUCUCUCUCUCUCUCUCUCUCUC